CUACUGUUGCUCCGUCCAAGAACAAAGUGGUCGGUGGUGAUUUAUUUACUACUGGUUAAUUAUGUUCAGUCACUUAUCAGAACAAAGUGGUCGGUGGUGAUUUAUAUUAUAUAAUACAUCCCUACCUAGCCGCCGCCACCACUACCACCACCCCCACCAGCCGUUCCAAUCCAAGUCCUCCACCUUCUCUGCGUUUCACGAUCGACUCCACAGCCACCCAGCCACGACACCCUCCGCCCCCCGAUCCUCGUUCUCUUUGUCUCUCAGUCACUCUCACAAGCACGGACAACGAUUCUUUUUAUUUUUUGCAGCAGUUGUGAGGAGCAGCGGAAAAUAAUCUGCAGGCAUUUUGAGAUCGUAGAUGAGCUUGUCUAGCAUAUCUCAAGAAAGCCCGUUGACAUCUUAAAAACUAACUACCGAGUAAGUUUUUGAAACGAUCAAUUGUUGUAUUCUGAAGUUGUAGGCAUUAGCUCUAAUGGCGGAAAUCACUUCACCAGAAAGGAACACUCUGUUUUCCCCCUACAAGAUGGCCAACUUCAAUCUCUCUCACAGGGUUGUGCUUGCGCCGAUGACAAGAUGCAGAGCUUUGAAUGGAAUCCCCGGAGCAGCUCUGACCGACUACUACACACAAAGGAGCACCCAAGGUGGAUUUCUCAUCACUGAAGGGACUUUGGUCUCAAACACCGCAGCGGGUUUCCCACAUGUCCCUGGGAUUUACAAAGAAGAACAAGUGGAGGCAUGGAAGAAGAUAGUGGACGCAGUCCAUGCUAAAGGCAGCAUCAUUUUCUGUCAACUUUGGCACGUUGGUCGUGCAUCUCAUCAAGUUUAUCAACCUAGUGGGCAGUCACCAAUAUCUUCAACCAACAAGCCCAUUUCAAACCGGUGGAGAAUUCUCUUGCCAGACGGGUCAUAUGGGACGUAUCCUAAACCUCAGGCCCUGGAAACCUAUGAAAUACGCAAGGUGGUGGAGGAUUAUCGCCAUGCGGCCAUAAAUGCCAUUCAUGCUGGUUUUGAUGGAAUUGAAAUCCACGGUGCACAUGGCUACCUCAUUGACCAAUUCUUAAAAGAUGGGAUCAAUGAUCGAACUGAUGAGUAUGGUGGCUCGAUUGAUAACCGUUGCAAAUUUAUAAUGCAAGUGGUUCAAGCAGUAGUCUCAGCCAUUGGUGCCAAUAGAGUUGGUGUUAGAAUUUCACCUGCAAUCGAUCACCUUGAUGCCAUGGAUUCCGACCCACUUGGCCUUGGUUUAGCAGUGGUAGAGAGGCUUAACAAGUUCCAACUAAACCAGGGAUCACGACUCACUUAUCUUCAUGUGACUCAGCCUCGAUACACUGCCUAUGGUCAAACAGAAUCAGGCAGACCUGGUAGCGAAGAAGAAGAAUCCCACUUGAUCAGGACAUUAAGAAAAAACUACCAGGGAACAUUCAUGUGUAGUGGUGGCUUCACUCGAGAGCUGGGAAUGCAAGCCUUAGCUGAUGGCGAUGCAGAUUUGGUGUCGUACGGUCGUCUUUUUAUCUCAAAUCCUGAUUUGGUAUUGAGAUUUAAGCUGAAUGCACCUUUGACUAAGUAUAAUAGGAAGACUUUUUACACACAGGAUCCUGUUGUUGGGUACACCGACUACCCUUUUCUUAGCAACGCAAGUGGAAGAUCACGUCUUUGAAUAUUGGGUAAUAUUUAUAAGUUAUCAUCCUAUGGAAUGAUUAACUAGGUAUUGUAUUGAGAGGAACUCAUGGUUUGCAUUACUUUUUUUAUUUUUUGGGUAGAACGUUUAGGUCAUUUAGUAACUUAGCCAAUGAGCACCACAGGAGGGGGGCCCUCCUUUAGUAAAUAUCCAGCGUGUGAGCUAGUCAUCCUAGCUAAAUUUGCUAGACCGUCAGCAAUGAUAUUGUCUUUUAAGCAAAUAAAAUGAAAACUACAAAUAUUAUACUUGCUCAUAAGAGCUAA